AUUAAAUUUAAAAAAAACUUUAACUUUUUUUCAUAUAAGAACGUAUCAGUCAUCUCUUGAUAAAAUAGGAAACCUACUUGAAAGUAUCAAACGUCAAAUUUGAAGGAAAAGUAGAUCAAAUUGAAAAUGUGAUAAGUUUUUCCGGAAAAAUCAAUACAUUAAUUUAUAGUUAAAGCACACCUGUUACAACACACCAACAAUCAUAAACUUUAAAAAAACUUGUAGAUAGGAAGUGAUUUCAGUCAAUGCAUUAGUUUUAAUGAAAUAGUUCAAAUUUAAGAAAUGCAGUCCCAAAUCUAUCAUGAGAAACAGGUGAGAGAACUGUGCGCUCUGCAUGCACUGAACAACUUGUUCCAAUCGCCAAAUGCAUUCACCAAACAAGAAUUGGACUCCAUCUGCCAUUCCCUGUCUCCGGACGUAUGGAUCAAUCCACAUAAAUCUGUAUUGGGACUAGGAAAUUAUGAUAUCAAUGUGAUUAUGAAGGCUCUUUUGGUGAGGGAGUAUUCUGCCGUUUGGUUUGAUAGAAGAAAAGACCCUUCUUGCUUGAACUUAAAGAAUAUCUAUGGCUUCAUACUCAAUGUACCUAGUGAUUACAAAUUUAGUUUCUUCACUUUACCUUUAGGGAGAAGGCACUGGAUUACUUUAAAACAAAUCGGGGACCACUUUUAUAAUUUGGAUUCUAAACUGUCCGCACCACAGUUAAUAGGAAAUGAUAACAAUAUAGUAGAAUAUUUGAAGGACGAGUUGGAAUCAAAAGAGAAACAGUUAUUCCUUGUGGUUAGUGGAGAAGUGUCUAAAGAUCAGUCCUGGCUCCUAAAUCAGUCAGCUUACAGUAAAAACAAUGACGAAGAUCGGGAGGUUGAGGUGCUGCAAUUAAAAGACAUAAUCAGUGAAAAUUGUAAAGUGACUUUAAACCCCCUGUGCAAUUCUGAAUGAUCUGUGAUUGACUCAAAACUAAAAUAAUAAAUUAUUUAAAAAAUAA